UCCUAAGGUUUUGCCUCGUGAAGAUGGCUGAUGACAAAAUUGAAGAGACUGUUUGUGAAGAUAAGAUCAGCGCUUUACCCGAAGAUCUGCUUGUGAGAAUACUGUUGCAUGUACCUAUUAAAGAUGCAAUUGCCACCAUGUUUUUGUCUAAACGAUGGCGCUUUAUCUGGACGAUCCUGCCUAAACUUGAGUACGAUUUUUUUUCUGAUGAUGAUGAAGAUGACGAUGACGAUGAUAAAGUUGUUGAUGACAAUGAUGAUGAUGAGGAGAGCAAGAAGACUAGUUGGUGUUUUUUUGAUAAGUCAAUGGAACUCCACAAAGCACCUGUCUUAAAAACCUUGCUUAUCAAACUUGGUCUGGGAUGUUCUAGUGAUAUUGAUGUCGGAAAGUGGAUUGCAAAAGCUGUUGACCGCCGUGUGGUAGUGCUAAGAUUCAAGCUGUCAUGGUCCACAGGUCCAACCAGGUUGCCUAAGAGCCUUUACACCUGCGAAACACUCAAGGAACUAACUCUCUCUCACAAAGUUCUUUUGGAUUUCCCAUCGUCUUCUUGCCUCCCGUCCCUCAUGUUUCUUAACCUUUUUUACGUAGUGUAUAGAGAUGAUGCUUCUCUUGAAAGUUUUUUUUCGCAUUGUCCAGUUCUUAUUUGUUUGAAUGUGAAGCGAAAUAGACGAAACAGAGAUGACAAUAUAACCAAGUUUAGUGUGAAAAUUCCUUCUUUACAAGGCUUAUUGUAUGUUAGUGAUGAUAUUAUUUUGUCACUGCCAGAUGACGAUGAGGUAGUAGAUACCGGUAAGUGUUUGGCUAUCGAUACUCCGGGGUUAUUAUACUUUUCCAUCACUGAUCAUUCUGGAGACUCUUGCUCCAUUGAGAAUAUGCCUUGUCUUGAGGAUGCAUCAAUCGAUGUAAAGUCUUUCUCCGAUAUGGACAAGUCGAAAACAUAUCUUUCAGCAGUCCGGUCUCUUGUAUUGCAUACCACCGAUCAAGUGCUUUUGCCUUUUAGCACAGUCAAGUUCUCUCGACUUAUAAAGUUAAGAAUAUAUCCAGAUAGAUCAGACUGGCUGGAAGCACUCUUACUUUUACUUAAAAAUGCUCCAAAACUUAAAGAUCUUUUGGUAGAUUAUGCAUUUAACACAGAUGUGGCCCCAUCUUCAUGGAACCAACCAAGUUCUAUUGCUGGAUGCUUGUCGUCACAUCUGGAGUUUUUUGAGUAUAGAGUAUAUGGAGGCACAGAAGAAGAGAAAGAAUUUGUGAUGUAUAUCCUAGCUAACUCUAAAUGUCUAAAGAAGGUAAGAAUCUCAGUGGCCCCUAUCUUGAAAAUCAGAACUUGA